UUUCACAACAACCAAUUCUUUUGCCGUACUCUCUCUUUUCGCCGACUCGGUUACUGAGCGUGUUUUCUUUGUUUCUUUGCCUCGGAGCAUCUCUCAUCCACGAUAUUAUGCAUUGACUAUCCUCCGCGGCACGAAAUCGUCAGAACGAUUCCUCAUUCUACCCAUCUCCAAAAAAAAGUCGCAUGACAUCUAGCAAAUAGCUAUACCACCGCUACCUCAUCCUUCUGUCUGACUAUCCUCGAGUUCCCGACCGUUCCAUGCUAGAGCGUACGUCGCAAUGCAUUGAGCCAGCCUCUCAACUUUUCUUGCGAGCCAUCGACCCUCCGAUCAGAUCAAGCCGACCUCUUGGUCAGGCUUUUUGGAGGAACAGAGGCAAUGACCUCGUAGCGUCGGCCUGGUGGCCUUUGUAUCUUCGGGACAUUCGGUCGAGAUAUCAAGAACAAGAUGGUCUUUGGUCACCUGCCAAAGCUCCGUUCCCAAUAGCACACCACACAGGAAAAUCUCGGUCCCUUGCUUCUCGUCCCACCAAGCAUAAUGCAUUCUCUGUCCGAUCAGUCGCCGCCGCGACUCCUAACAGAGGCUAUACAAACAAUGCACAGCUAGCGCCACCGAUGCAUGAGUUCGUGCAUGGGGAAGGUCGUCCAGAGGACAGCAUCCUGUACCUGACGGACCGAUCAUCGAGAAAACCGCAUAUCACCUCGAGCAAGACCGACACCGAGGUCGAGGAAGAGCUUGCUAUACUCUUGGCCGGCGCGCCAAUCUCGGACCCAGCGCUCCAGGAGUUUAGCCCUGGCGAUGUUGUCUUUGCGCUCUUUCAACGUCUCCAUAAUCCAGCGGCAUAUGCGAGUGCUGUUUUUCAAUUUCUUGCUCAGUCACUUCCUCCACGAAAUCCUGAGGCUCGACUGACUAAAGGGGUACAUGAAGCUUUUAAUGCCAUUCCAUUGUCAAAGAGAACUGCUCGGGACUAUACCACUGCUGUGAAAGUCAGCUUGAAGGUGGAUGACUUCCGUCUGGUCCAGAAAAUCAAUGCGGAGGCGACAAGCCGGGACUUGAACCACGAAUGCAGUCCGUUCCUGCUUCUACACUUCGUAACAAAUAUGCUAUGGAGGAACGCUGUGGAGAUCUGGACCGCUUCUUAUACGACUCGAGGAGCUGAUCAUCACAUGGACUCUCUAGUGUCCCAGGCGAGCGACUACAAAGAUCUGCCUUCUGCUAUUGACAAGAUGGCUUCAGCCAUCCUAGAGCGUUCGCCUGUGCUGAUGCGAUUUUCAGGCAAGCUACGAAGCAUUGCUCGAAAGUUGUUGCAUGUGCUAUUGCGAAAUGGUCGCCUCAUGAGUUUGAUUACACCUUCUGGACUUCUCGAAAUAUUGAACAACUAUAAACUCUUGGAACAGUUGCAGCCUUGGAUGCACCUCGAGCUUCUCAACACACUGCUUAAAUCUGCAAAGCGUCCAAACAAAAGCGGCCUUGCAACUCUAGUAUAUCGAAAUCUUCGACUGAACUUCCCGGACUACAAGCCACCGCCUUCUGCUUAUGGCGCAUUACUGUCUGUGCACGCUGAUGAAGCCUCUUCUUUUCGGGAUUAUCAAUAUUACCUACGAGAAUUUACCCAUGUUCAUGGAGCCGCAGAUAAAAAGUCGUACCAAAAGGUGUUAACCGCCUUGGCUCGACAGGGCGACGUUGUGGGAGUCAAAACGAUCUUUGGGCAGCUUUGUCAAGCUCAUCCGCGUCCGCAAGAGAUUGAGUUUUAUACGCCCCUCAUCUAUGUAUACGCUCGACUGGGUGAUGUCGAAAAUGCUGAGAGAGAGUUCAAGAGGCUGAAGACAUGGGGUAUAGAACCGAACACAUAUUGUUGGAACAUGUUACUCUAUGCUCACACCAGAUCUCGCCACCCUAAAACAUCGUUCGACUGUUUUGGAGACAUGCAAGCCCGAGGUGUCCGUCCGGACAAGUAUACAUUCGGAACCCUGAUGAGUACCGUUUCGAGAAGUGGCGACACUGAACAAGUCCUCAGCAUGAUUGAACAAGUUCAACAGCUCGACACCAAAGGUGAUUACGAAAUGAUGUCAGCUUUGAUUCACUCAUACUGUCUGAACGGCCAAGCAGAUACAGCAGAGAGGCUCGCUGAAGCAACAUCAAAAGCAGGAUACGAGGGAAGCCCUGUGAAAAUGUGGAACUAUAUCCUAAGGCACUACGCUUUUCGUCGCGACUCCAAUGCAUGCCUCCGAGUGCAGCAUCGCAUGCAGGCUCUGGGAAUCAAGCCCGACGAUAUGACUUAUGCUGCCUUGAUGACAGCCCUCGUGGCGCUUGGCAAGACUAAAGAUGCUGCUCAAAUUCUCAGACGACUGAAUCUCAGUCAGGCCCUCACGGCGAACCCAUUUCACUAUUCCAUCAUCCUACAUGGGUUUGCCCUGGAGGGAAAUCGCGAUAUGGCCACCGUCAUAUACCAAGAAAUGCUGCAAAGAUUCCCGAACUUGGGUGGAAGCCCGCAUCUUGCUAUGCUUCACAUGGAAAGCCAUCGCAGCCCGGAAGCAAAGCAGUCUCCUCAAUUAUCCAUCGAUUUUCUGGCUGGAAUCCUUCAGACGAUUACCACUGCAGAUCGUGCCAGCAAACUACCUCAACCUGGGCUCCGUCGGCGCAGACCAGUCGAUGCAUUGCCAUCUGUUUACUUCGAACAUCUCGUCGGUGUUUUACUGGCCAAGGGCCGUGUUGAACAAGCAGACAAACUUCUUCGGAGAUUCGAAUCUCUUGCUGGUUUGUCAUUCCUCGAUCUCGACGUCAAUUUUCUAGACUCGAAAGAGUUGCUUGUUUCACGUCUCCGCGUAGCUGCUCAAGGCUAUGAUUGGCAAGGAGUGGAAACUAUCUGGCUAAAGAUUCUUCAAGGCGCUAUCCAGUCUGCCAGCAAGGGAAAGACUAUCAGGACCCAGCCAUCGUCUGUUGGCGUCGAAUUCUUACAAUCCGAGUCUGGUUCGGAGUUUAGUUCAAUGAUUCCUGACUUUGCCUCAGGAGCAUCUUCAAGUGACGAAAGCAAAAAGCUGCUCAGCUCCCUCUCCUCGAACAUUCUCCGCUCCCAAAGAUUUGUUCUGAAAGAUGCCAUCAAUAUCUACCUUGGAGCUCUGGACUUUCAGAACCGGCACAACUAUGCCGUCACGACUGUGGAACUACUUGAGAAGGCUGGGUUCUCCUUGACCAACAACAACUGGAAUGUCUACAUUCAGACAUUGACACGAUCUCGAGAUUGGCGGCAUUGGGUAGAAGCAUUCCGAAUCUUUGAGGAAAGAAUGUAUGCGUCUGCUCCAGCAUGGCGAUUGCUCGUUCGUGGAAAAGCUCUGAUCUCGAACGAGUCCGACUCACCACAGGCUAGGGCGAAGAAGGUUGUACGUCGAAAAGACGCAGAAAGGCUCGACAUCGAUCUACCUAUGCCGACAUACCUGACAGCUGUUUGUCUCGCUACCGUACUAAAGAAAUCCGGUGUUCGGACCCGCUUAGGUGACGACGCACUCAUGCUGGAGCUGUCGACUGCUGCCCCCGACACCUACCGCUAUAUACGUCGCAUUCCGAGACUCAAGGACAAAUUCCAGGGUGCUCUCCUUCGUGAUUUCAAGAUUGCUGGAGAUAUUCCAAAACGGCCUCGUGACUCUGCAUCACCAGAUCGGUCCGGGGUGCUAGGCAGCCUCUCGCCACUUGACCAUGUCCCGGUCGGGGAGCUUGCCAACCUGGAUGAGAUCGUUGGCGGACGGAAGCAUGAUCGAGACGAAGAUGUCCCACAAGCCGAGCGGAUCGAAGGACAAGUUGACAGAUCAUCUCGGUUCAUCGACGGGGAAGAUCGUUAUGAGAACGACCUCGAGUAUCAGGAACGCAUCUACCAACACGAAACACGCCUCCUCAGCACCAUGGACGCCAUCCGUCGCGAUGCAUCGAGCCCUCGGGUCAUCAGUGACUCUUGGUUUGGUCAGCCAGCUAGUACUACUACCACGACGACUACCACCGACAGUGCGACACGUUCGACCGCACUGAGAGAUACAGGCCUCCCACCGGGAGCUCUACUCAACCCCUAUUAUUCGAGCCUGGAGAGGCGCGCGGCGACCGAAAAGAAGUUGCGUCAAGCACUCGACAGGUCAUUGCAGGACGCAGGUGGACAAAGGCCUCCGAGGGCCGUGCGUGCUCGAAAUACCCAGGUUCCAUCUCGCGGCGAUUCGAAAGGGUCUCGUCGGCCUCGGGCGUUCGACCCUGGCCCGACAACGACGGCCAAGCCUUCGACGAGUACCGCCACCACCACCACCCCUUUGCGGCUUCGCAAGAACCAUCGUGUCCUGGAACAACUUCCCAGGGUCGAGAAAUUGCCGCCGUGGGACCGACGCGUCAAAGCCGCGUGGCAUGGGAGGCCGAAGAGGAGGUGGAAAAAGGAUGAGGAAGCCGAAAAGGCUGGUGGAAUAGAUGAAGAAGAAGAAGAAGAGUCUUGAAAGAACGUUCUACACUUGUACAAAAUCCAUGAAUUGUUACUGUCCAUGAAUUGUCAAUAGGGUGUUUCACAGCGUCCGUCAAUCCGCUCAACCGGUGUCCAUGAUCGACUCGUGAUUUGUGCGUAGCCUUAGAAAUACCAAGAGCACGUCACUACUACGCGAAAUCAAAAAGCAGACGCCAAUGAUGUUUGUGGAGGGAUGGAGAGUUUUCACGUGAGCAUGAGUGUGCUCGAUAUCAUUUCUGGAUCAUGAACCGUCAUUUCUAUCCCUGUGUGCUAUGAAUACAACCGUCAUCACCAGCAUAAUGAAUAACUCAACAACUUUGCCAGUCCUGGCUCGAGUCCGAGUCCGAGUCCGAGUCGUCCUCAGAAGUCGUUGCCGGCUCCUCGACCAAAGGCAUAACAGAAGACGCUCCGCCGAUUCCGCGCCAUCGUCUGAGACAAUCGGCGCACCGACCACCUCCGUUGAUUCUCGUUUCUCGUGUUCCUCGACAACGAGAACUGUAGCAUUCCCGGACCGUGACACGUCUGUGUCCGCAACUGAACGUCUGAAUGACUUUUUCGCACAUUGCCCCCGCCCCUGUCGAUCUUCGAGGAAACCGGGUUUGAGAGAAAGGGUCGAAGGUUUUGUUAUGUGCGUGCGUGUGUAUGCAAGGGAGAGGGAGAGAGGCAGGCUCGUCGUCAAGAGAGGGACUUGAAAGGUCGUUUUUCGAACAAUAACAAUCGAUAUUGGAAGCACUCCUUUGCUGCCUUGUUGUCGUUCUGAAGAUGAAAGUCGUGCUCGAGGAUGGUGCGAGAGGAACAUGUUUCCGUCCAGGAAAACUGUCGACAUAUAUAGUUGAUACACGGACGUCAGUUAAGACGCUUCGCCGGC